AUGAAUACCGUCCGAUUGUGUUUUACCGCCACCGUCACGUGUCUAGCUGUGGCGAUCAGUUGGUCGGCCACCGACGCCAGGGUCUGUUGCGAUGUAUAUAAUACUUUUAAAUAUAAUGAAUGCUUUGACUUAACAUCGCAUCUCGCAACACCACGAUCAACUACUAAAGAUAUACCUUUUGUGGAGUUCCUUCAGAGAGCCUUGUUAUUAUUCCCCCCGACCAAAAGUACCAGUUUUAAAUACACAAAGUUAGAGACGAUUGGCAACGAAAAGUGUGUUACCAACAAGAAACACAAAUACCAGAUGACACGUGCCUGGCCAGUCCCACUUUGCCUCAACUCUGUGUUUUGGGCAAACAACACCAUUCACCUCGUCGAGUUAAUAGAGGUGUAA